AUGCGGGGAGGAGAUGGUGGAGAAGAAGGGGCCGAGGUGCAUGGAGAAACGCACCUGGAGAAAGCGCCCAGUUGUCAGAAAGUCUCCGAGGCUACAGUAAUUUUGCCAAAGCAGCAUAAGGAGGAGGAGGACCGGAAGUCAUUCGCAGCAGCAGAUGUAGCUGGUAUAGACUUUUGUAGUAGUAAUGGAAUUGCAAGAAAUCAGGUGACAAAUCUAAUAGGGUAUGUUUCUGUCCUGUCAAAGGAAAUUCAACACAUCGAACAUUUUUUUAUCAAACCAGAAUCCAAAGUGGCUCAGUUGGACACAUCUCAGUGGCCCCUGUUGUUGAAGAAUUUUGAUAAGCUAAAUGUAAGGACAACGCACUAUACACCUCUUCCUUCUGGUUCAAAUCCUCUGAAGAGGGAGAUUGCAGACUAUAUCAGGACAGGUUUCAUUAACCUCGACAAACCCUCCAACCCCUCUUCCCAUGAAGUGGUAGCCUGGAUCCGACGAAUACUUCGGGUUGAGAAGACAGGACACAGUGGUACUCUGGAUCCCAAGGUGACUGGCUGUCUAAUCGUGUGCAUAGAACGAGCCACUCGCUUGGUAAAGUCACAGCAGAGUGCGGGCAAAGAGUAUGUUGGAAUUGUCCAGCUGCACAAUGCUAUUGAAGGGGGGACCCAGCUUUCUAGGGCCCUAGAAACUCUGACGGGUGCCCUCUUCCAGCGACCCCCACUGAUUGCUGCAGUAAAGAGGCAACUCCGAGUCCGGACCAUCUAUGAGAGCAAGAUGAUAGAGUAUGAUCCUGAAAGAAGAUUAGGAAUCUUCUGGGUGAGUUGUGAGGCUGGCACCUACAUUCGGACACUGUGUGUGCACCUUGGUUUGUUAUUGGGAGUUGGAGGUCAGAUGCAGGAACUUCGGAGGGUUCGUUCUGGAGUUAUGAGUGAAAAGGACCACAUGGUGACUAUGCAUGAUGUGCUAGAUGCUCAGUGGCUAUAUGAUAAUCACAAGGACGAGAGUUAUCUGCGGCAAGUUAUUUACCCUUUGGAAAAGCUGCUGACAUCUCAUAAACGGCUGGUGAUGAAAGACAGUGCAGUGAAUGCCAUCUGCUAUGGAGCAAAGAUUAUGCUUCCAGGUGUUCUUCGAUAUGAAGAUGGCAUUGAAGUCAAUCAGGAGAUCGUGGUCAUCACCACUAAAGGGGAAGCCAUCUGUAUGGCUAUUGCAUUAAUGACCACAGCAGUAAUCUCUACCUGUGACCAUGGUAUAGUGGCUAAGAUCAAGAGAGUGAUCAUGGAGAGAGACACGUACCCACGGAAGUGGGGUUUAGGUCCAAAGGCAAGUCAGAAGAAGAUGAUGAUCAAGCAGGGCCUUCUGGAUAAGCACGGCAAGCCCACGGACAGCACACCUACUGCUUGGGUGCAGGAGUAUGUUGACUACAGUGCUUCUGCAAAGAAAGAAGGGCUUGCUGAAGCAGUAAAAGCCCCACAGGUAGUCGCUGAAGCAGUGAAAGCACCAAAGCGGAAGCGAGAGAGUGACAGUGAGAACGAUGAGCUCUCUCCAGCUGUCCCACAAGUGAGCAAGAAGGAAAAGAAGAAGAAUAAAAAGGAGAAAAAGGCCAAAGCUGCUGUAGAGAGUGGGGGCGAGCCGGGAGAUGUGAGUAAUGAUACCACCAAAAAGAAGAAGAAGAAGAAAACAAAAGUGGUGGAAGUGGUUUCUGAGUAGUGAAAACUGCUUUAAGCACUUUUUUCCAGCUGGGAGGAGAAAUUAAAGCCUUAUUGAGAAACCAUCGAUCCUUUUGUCACUGAGAGAAGGGAACAUCGGCCCAAUUCAGCUGCCACCUGAGCUGUUGC